AUGAAAUUGCACUUUUUCUUCGUCAUUUUGAUAUUAUUCUUCACUCUCUUUCUUCACGUUUUUACUCCAGUCAAAUGCCAAACCAUCACAACUAUUGCUGGAUCACUUCCUUACGGCUACAAUGGUGAUAAUCAAUUGGCAACCCAAGCAGAGCUCUAUGGUCCAAGGCAACUAGCUUUUCACAAUAAUGAAUUGUAUAUUACUGAUAGUGUAAAUUCAAUGAUUAGAAAAAUACUUUCGAAUGGAACAAUAGUUUCAGUUGCUGGUUGGAUGGCUUCACGUGGAUUCAAUGGUGAUAAUCAAUUGGCUACUUUGGCUGUGUUAAAUUCCCCAUAUGGAGUAGCAGUAUCGCAAGCCACUGGUCAUAUUUAUAUAGCAGGAAUUCAAGGAAGUGGAGGUAAUGGCGGUCUAGCAAUCUAUGCAGAAUUAUACUUUCCCUAUAGUUUAACUAUUCGAAACAUUGAAGGAGUAGGUGAUGAAAUAUACAUCGCUGAUUCAACUAUUAUUAGAAAGAUUGGAACAGAUGGAAAGAUUACUAGAUAUGCAGGUGGUGGAACUCAGACUGCUGAGUAUAUUUCAGCACUUUCUACUCAGUUGCCCAGUAGUAUGGUUAUUGGAAUUUCACAAAGUACUGGUGAGUUAUAUAUUGGAAUGUCAGGUGAUAUUUUAGUGAGAAAGGUUUUUACAAAUGGAACUAUUGUUUCAAUCGUUAAGAAAGAUAAUUCUCUUGUUGAUACUAUUACUGCACUUACAGUUUCGAAUAGUUCAGUUUAUUACACAGAAUCGAAUAGAAGAGUUCUACAAUAUUCCAUUGAAAAUGGUACAACUACUGUUAUUGGUGGAAGUUUGGACAUUUUUAAUUCAAAUUUUCAAGAUAACAUACUUGCAACAACUGCCACUUUACAAAACACAAGAGGAAUUGCAGUAUCAGAGACAGGUGACGUGUAUUUUUCUGAAAGCAGUGAAUUUUAUAGUAAUGGAAGAGUGAGAAAGAUUAAACCAGAUGGCUACAUUGUAACAACUGCUGGUAAUAUGUUAGAUUUAAAUAGUGGUUACAAUGGAGAUAAUAUUUUAGCAGUAAAUGCCAAACUGAAAUCACCAGAGUCUGUUGUGGUUUCGAAUAGUGGAGAGGUCUAUAUUUCUGAUACUGGCAAUUCAAGAAUUAGAAAAAUUCUAUCCAAUGGACAAAUUGUAACUGUUGUUGGACGAGGAAAUUUUCGAAAUUCUCCAAGUUAUAAUGGCGAUUACAUUCUUGCUAUUAAUGCAAAUAUCAAAAAUCCAAGUGGUAUUUUACUUUCCUCUACUAAUGAAUUAUAUAUUGCAGAUACUGAAAAUUAUAGAAUUAGAAAGGUUCUUACAAAUGGAACGAUUGUAACAAUUGCUGGAACAGGUUCUUACACAGAAGAUACUUUUGUUGAUUUGGCCACAAAUAUUGGGAUUGGACAACCAAAAGCUUUGGCACUAUUUGGUAAUGAGAUUUAUUUCUCGACAAAGAGUCAUAGAGUUAAAAAGAUUUUAAGUAAUGGAACAUUGAUAACUUAUGCGGGAACUGGGAUUUAUGGUUACGAUCCGGGUGAUGUUUUGGCUGUUAAUACUAAAUUAUUCUUUCCCAAUGGACUGGAUGUUUAUCCAAACGGAGAUUUGUUGAUUGCUGACUCUUCCAAUCACGUCAUUAGAAAAGUCUUGACAAAUGGUACUGUAAUUCGAGUUGCAGGAACUGGAACAAGAGCUUACAAUGGAGAUAACAUCUUGGCAGUGAAUGCACAUUUGUCUGAACCAAGUGGAAUUCAUAUACUUUCGAAUGGUGAAAUUUUAUUCUCAGAUAAGUACAAUUAUAGAGUUAGAAAAAUUUUGACAAAUGGAACAAUUAUUACAAUUGCUGGAAUAGGUACAUAUGGUUACAAUGGAGAAAACCUGCCAGCUUUAAGUACAAAAUUCUUUGGUGUCACAGGCCUGGCACUUUCUCCUGUGGAUGGUUCAAUAUAUUUGGCAGAUACUUCCAAUCACAGGAUUAGGAAAAUAACUGAUCCGUGCGAUGUUAGUAGAAGUUGUUACAAUAAUGGAGUAUGUAACUCUACCAAUAAUCAAUAUUAUCCGACCGAUUCUUUCCUUAGCACUAGCAAAGUGUCUUCCAUUGUUUCCUCUUCAUCAAAAUCACUCAAUCCAACCAAUUCCGCAAGCACAUUUUCCUUACUUAAAGAUCGUUAUCAGAUACAGGAAGUGAUUGGAAAAGGUUCUUUUGGAAAAUGUUAUCUUUGUGUUGAUGUGAAAAAACAAAACCAACCAGUGGCCAUUAAAACUAUUAGUAUUGAGGAGAACAAACACUCAAAGAUUAUUGAUGAGUGCUCCAAGACUGUUUCUUACAAACAUCCAAGAUUGGUACAGGUUUAUGAAUUUUUUGAGUCUGAACUACUCAAUUCUAUUUGCAUUGUAAUGAAAUUUUACAAUGGUGAUUUGGAAACAUUAUUGAAGAAGCAAGAAAAUGCAUUACCAGAAAGUGUCAUUAUCAAAAUGAUGAAACAAUUGGGUGAUGGUUUAGAUUAUCUCCACAAUGAAAAGCUAAUAAUUCACAGAGAUAUCAAACCAAAGAAUAUUUUCAUUGAAUCCUUUGAUAUUGAAAAGGAGGAAAUCAAUAUUGUCAUUGGAGAUUAUGGAGAGGCUAAAGAUCUUGGAGAAACAAGCAAUAGUGUGGUUGGAACGCUGCUUUAUAUGGCUCCUGAGGUAUUUUCAAGAAAGUACGAUUAUAGUGUUGAUAUAUUUUCUCUUGGAGUAACACUUGUACAAAGUAUGUCAGCAAGUGGUUUCGAUUUCUCAGUCACUGACAAGCUCAUGUAUGAAGCCGAGGAGAGUGUACUCAAAAGAGUGAGUGAACAUUUACUUUCCAGACAAUAUUCAACACAACUUUGUGAAUUUGUUAUUGCCAUGUUGUCAAGAGACCCAAAUAAGAGACCAACUUGUGUAGAUAUUAAGAAUUAUUAA